CGCGAGAGUGAGUGAGCGCUUCUGUUUUUCAGACAGGAACAAAGUGUGGAAUACACAAAAGGGGCUGUAAUAACAUUACAUAUUUUACAUAAGUUAUUUUCAUCAUAGUAUAAUAAAUUCCUGUUUACAAAGCGGGACAAUCAUUUUUAUGAUUUCAGUGUUAAAGGAGAUAGUCUGGACAUGCGCACUGUCCGCUGCUGACACCUGCUGGACAUUCUUAAAGUUAUUUUGUCUCCAUUUCCAUUACAUUUUGAAUAAAAAGCGACAUACUGUAUAAAUGAGGAACCUACAAAUAUCAAAAAUAUUCGCGGUAAACAAUGUCAAGUUAAUGAGCAAGAUUAGCACACAAACAAGAGUAAAAUGCAGUUGUUUGAAUGUGUGGUGAUUCAUGCCGCGCGUGCAGUCACAGGUCAGUGAGGUCAGUGACGUCAUUCUCAUCAUCAGCUGUAGUUCUUCAGUGAGUUUCUCUCAACUCUCAUUAUUAGGCUACACAAGACAAAUUUCACACUUAUUUCAUUUCAAUCAAACGGACAUCUAAUGGAGGUUUAAAAGUCAUCAUGACAUCUGCUUAUAAAAUGUGCAGAAUUAUACUGUGGGAUGAUGGAUAAUAACCAACCUAAAAGAACUAGUAAUAUGGCCUCAAGUGAACCUGAUCAUUAUCAAUCCAAUGAGGAACCUCAACCUGGUGACCUCAUUGAGAUCUUCAGACCAGCCUAUCAGCACUGGGCUCUUUACCUGGGUGAUGGUUAUAUAAUCAACCUCACACCCGUGGAUGAGAGUCAAGCCGCAGCCGUGUCCAGCGUGAAGUCCGUCUUCAGUCGUAAGGCGGUGGUCCGCAUGCAGCUUUUAAAGGAGGUGGUGGGAGGAGAUUCAUACAGGAUCAACAAUAAAUAUGACGACAAUCAUACACCUUUACCUGUCUGUGAGAUCAUACAACAAGCUCAACACCUCAUUGGACAAGAAGUGUCAUAUGACCUGUUGGGCAGCAACUGUGAACACUUUGUGACUUUGCUUCGUUACGGGGAGGGCGUCUCUGAACAGGCGUCUCGAGCUAUAGGAGCGAUGAGUAUAGUUACAGCUGCAGCGAGUGCUUUCUCAGUGUUGGGACUCAUCAACACACGAUCCAGGAACAGACCUUGAGAAACACUCAACACAUAAACUCAUCUGAAUUAGGUUUGCUGCUAGACUUUUCAUUUAAAUAAACUGACUAUAGACUGCAGUGAAUAAAGCACCAAAAGUCUAUGGGAAAAAUUAAUGGGCUUUUUGGCGAGAGAACCAGUGUACAAAAAUACAUCAUCCCUCCCUGUGGCACUCUAUUAGCCCAUAGUUUACUACUUUAUUAUAUUUGUUAACAAUUUAAUAUGAUUUUGGACAUGUUUGAGUGAGGCCACAAUAAAGCAUUUAUUGAAAUGAAUUAUAUACAAAAACAUUUCAAAAAGAAACUAUACACUAUUUAACCCUAUACACUAGUCUUGUGUGUGGAAAUGGACAGAACUUUUUAACAAAUAAUAAAAAUGAAGUCUUUAGUAA